UGGGUGAGACUUGAGCCCUAGCUCGAGCUAGCAAUAAACCCCGUUAUGCCUUUGCAGUGCCGUGGACGUCUUAUUCUCUCAGUUUUGGGGCCUCGGACUCUGGGCAUAACACCCGGAAUAGACGCCCAGGGAAACCGCAAGUGGCCCUGGGCGAUGCAGUUCGGCGCCCUCUGCGCAGGCGCACUUCCAGACCAACGCAGUCGUAGCCUGCCGCUGCAGUCCUAGGAGUGAGGCGUCGGAGGCGCUCGACCCUCUCAGCCUCCGUCCCAGGACGGGUGGGACGACCUGGGAAACGACCGGAGGUGAGCGCACUGCCCUCUGGGAGUUGUAGUUCGACGCCCGUCCAGCUAGGCGCAAUCUCGGCCAGCAGCGGGCGUGGCCUUCGUCCUGCCAUUCCUCCAAGGAGUGCGGAAGGAGAGGGUCCAUGGGUGGAAAACAAGGCGGAGCCAAGAUUCAGAGCCCCUCGACCUCAGCCACCCAGGACGGGGCGUGGCGAGCGGAAGACGCUCGGAGGCGCGCGCCUCCCUCUGGGAGGUGUAGUUCAGCGUCGGUGCGCAGGCGCAGUGCGCUCCGUGGCGGCCUCAGCCUUUGUCCUGCAGUCCGGCGAACUGCCUACAGAGGAGCUGACUGUUCCUGCGAGAGGCCCGAGGAGGAAGGAAUGACCGCUGGGCUCCUCACUGCCGGGGACCUGGACCGAGUGACUUUUGAGGACGUGGUCGUGGACUUCACCCGGGAGGAGUGGGGGUGUCUGGAGCCGGCCCAGAGGACCCUGUACCGAGAUGUGAUGCUAGAGACCUUCAGGCUCCUGGUCUCUGUGGGACACUGGCUCCCAAAGCCGGAUGUCAUCUCCCUGCUGGAGCAGGAGGCAGAGCUGUGGGCAGCGGAUGAGGGAGGCCCCCGAGGUGUGUGUCCAGAUUUGGAAACCAGACCCCAAAGCAAGCUAUCAACUGAAAAGCAAGGUGUAACUGAAGAAAUACCCAACAAUGCCCUGGUAGAAAGGUUCCUACAGGAAAGUCUGUGGCACUCUAAGGAUGAAGAUGCUGCAGGCCACAGGGAACAGGGCCGUGAGAAGUCAGAUAGCUGUGUGGUGCAGGCAGCCUGCAUGCUUGUGAAGACACUGACAGAGGAGCAGCAGCAGGGGGAUGGGUGUGGGGAAGACUUGAGUCUGAGGCCAGAUCUCCCAACUCAACCAAUGACUCCUGAAAGGCAAGGUGCCCCAAUGUGGGGAACCCAUGGACAGAGGGAGAAUCCAGACUCUAAUGCUCAACAGAAAACCUGUGCAAAAGAGAAGCUCUGUGGAUGUCAGGAAUGUGGAAAGGCCUUUAGUCACAGCUCAGCACUCAUUGAACACCACCGAACACACACAGGUGAGAGGCCUUAUGAAUGUCAUGAAUGUGGAAAAGGCUUUCAAAACAGCUCAGCGCUUACCAAGCACCAGCGAAUCCACACUGGUGAGAAGCCUUACAAGCGUGCUCAGCGUGGGAGGACCUUCAACCAAAUUGCCCCACUGAUCCAGCACCAGAGAACUCACACCGGUGAGAAACCCUAUGAGUGCAGCGAGUGUGGGAAAUCCUUCAGCUUUAGAUCCGCCUUCAGCAAACAUGAGCGGACACACACAGGUGAGAAGCCCUACACGUGCAGUCAGUGCGGGAAGGCCUUCCGACAGAGCAUCCAUCUCACCCAGCACCUGCGAAUCCACACUGGGGAGAAGCCAUACCAGUGUGGAGAGUGUGGCAAGGCCUUCAGCCACAGUUCAUCAGUGACUAAACACCAGCGGCUCCACACUGGGGAGAAGCCUUACAAGUGUGCUAAGUGUGGGAGGACCUUCAACCAAAUUGCCCCACUGAUCCAGCACCAGAGAACUCACACCGGUGAGAAACCCUAUGAGUGCAGCGAGUGUGGGAAAUCCUUCAGCUUUAGAUCCUCCUGCAGCAAACAUGAGCGAACACACACAGGCGAGAAACCCUAUGCAUGCAGUCAGUGUGGGAAGGCCUUCCGGCAGAGCACACACCUCACUCAGCAUCAGAGAAUCCACACCGGGGAGAAGCCCUACGAGUGUAGUGAUUGUGGCAAGGCCUUCAGCCACAGCUCAUCCCUGACCAAACACCAGCGGAUCCACACUGGGGAGAAGCCAUACCAGUGUGGAGAAUGUGGCAAGGCCUUCAGCCACAAUUCAUCCCUGACUAGACACCAGCGGAUCCACCCCGGGGGGAAGCCCUAUGACUGCCAGGCAUGUGGAAAAGCCUUCACCCAGAUCACACCACUGAUUCAGCAUCAGAGGAUACACACAGGCGAGCGGCCUUAUGAGUGCAGUGAGUGUGGGAAGGCUUUCAGCCAGAGCACACUCCUGACUGAGCGUCGGAGGAUCCACACAGGAGAGAAGCCCUACGGGUGCAAUGAGUGUGGGAAAGCCUUCAGUCACAGCUCAUCGCUUAGCCAGCACGAGCGGACGCACACAGGCGAGAAACCCUAUGCAUGCAGUCAGUGUGGGAAGGCCUUCCGGCAGAGCACACACCUCACUCAGCAUCAGAGAAUCCACACCGGGGAGAAGCCCUACGAGUGUAGUGAUUGCGGCAAGGCCUUCAGCCAUAGCUCAUCCCUGACCAAACACCAGCGGAUUCACACUGGGGAGAAGCCCUAUGACUGCCAGGCAUGUGGAAAAGCCUUCACCCAGAUCACACCACUGAUUCAGCAUCAGAGGAUACACACAGGCGAGCGGCCUUAUGAGUGCAGUGAGUGUGGGAAGGCUUUCAGCCAGAGCACACUCCUGACUGAGCAUCGGAGGAUCCACACAGGAGAGAAGCCCUACGGGUGCAAUGAGUGUGGGAAAGCCUUCAGUCACAGCUCAUCGCUUAGCCAGCACGAGCGGACGCACACAGGCGAGAAACCCUAUGCAUGCAGUCAGUGUGGGAAGGCCUUCCGGCAGAGCACACACCUCACUCAGCAUCAGAGAAUCCACACCGGGGAGAAGCCCUACGAGUGUAGUGAUUGCGGCAAGGCCUUCAGCCACAGCUCAUCCCUGACCAAACACCAGCGGAUUCACACUGGGGAGAAGCCCUAUGAGUGUAACGAGUGUGGCAGAGCCUUCAGCCAGCUUGCUCCACUCAUUCAACACCAGCGGAUCCACACAGGAGAGAAGCCCUAUGAGUGUAGUCAGUGUGGCAGAGCCUUCAGUCAGAGCUCCCUCCUCAUAGAACACCAGAGGAUUCACACCAAGGAAAAACCCUAUGGGUGCAACGAAUGUGGAAAAUCCUUCAGCCACAGCUCAUCGCUCAGCCAGCACGAGAGGACACACACUGGGGAAAAGCCCUAUGAGUGCCAGGACUGUGGAAAGUCCUUUAGGCAGAGCACCCACCUCACUCAGCACCGGAGGGUCCACACAGGAGAGAAGCCGUAUGAGUGCAGGGACUGUGGGAAGGCCUUCACACACAGCUCCUCCCUUACCAAGCACCAGAGAACUCAUACUGGGUAGACCCACUCCAGUAUGUGUGCUGGGACCAAACAAAGCCUUAAGCCAUAGCACAUCGCUUACUACAUUUGACCCAGUCAUACUCCUGAUAAACAGUACACUGUAAACGAGCCUUUGUGCUCAACACACCCUAAGACUCCCACACAGAGUUGACAUUUACAGGAGUGCUUGUGGGAACAGCAAGCUCUGGGUCAUCCAUCCCAGACAGCCAGUCAUCCAAACAGUAGGGAAGUGUGAAGUUAAUCACUGUUGAGAACCUUCAGCCAUGAGUGCCCACCAGUGCUUCACUAUAGAACCUACAAAAGGGAGAAAUGGAAAAAAUGUAGUGGACAUGGGGUGGCUUCUAAGAAGUCACCAUAUUCUAAACCAGACAUUCUCAAAGUGGUGAGAAACUCAGCAAAUGCCAGUCAUAUAAAAGAAUCAGAUGCAGUCAGAAUUUGUCAUUAUUGCACAUGACAUUCUUGUGGGUAGGUGCUUAUGAAGAGUGCAAGUUGACUUUCAUAUUUGCUAAAAACCAAUAUGGCAGAAUGUUCCAGACAUGAUAGUGGCAUUUUUAUGGAAUCAUGAAUGUGCAAAUAUCUCAGCACAAAAUUUUCUGAUUUGUGUGUAACUGAACAAGGUACAUGGCCACCAGCCUUACAAAUGUGAAUGCCAUAUGAUAAUUAUCCAUGUACUAUAAACAGAUUUUAAAAUAGUUGUAUGCAUUAUGUGGCAAUAAGUUAAUUUUUAUAUGCAAUGGAACUGAAAAGAUUUGUAUAGGAAGACUUGAAAGGUAGAGUGAUCCACAGAGUCUUGCAGAUUCUGAGAUGGCUUUUACUGCUUUGUUCUUGCUAUAAAAUUUUCUACCAGACUCAAAGGCAUUAGAAAUGCAGAUGUUGCUGUUUCACAAAAAAGUUUUAAUCUUUGUUAAGUCACCAUCUUGGGGCUUCCCAGAUGAUUCAGUGUUAAAGAAUCCACCUACCAAGUAGGAGAUGCUGUUUUGAUCCCUGGGUCAGGAAGCUCUCCUGGAGAAGGAAAUGGCAACCCACUCCAGUAUUCUUGCCUGAGACAUCCCAUGAAGAGAGGAGCCUGGCAGGCUACAGUGCAUGGGGUUGUAGAAGGGUCAAACAUAACUUAGCAACUAAACAACAACAGAGCCACCAUCUCAUGAGCAAGUGCACAUCCACAUUGGAAGCUCAUGUUUUGCAAGAUUUAUCUCUUGAGACAUGUACAGGUUAAUCUUUUCUGAGCUUUUUUUUUUAAUGGACUCUAUCCUAGUGUUUAAUAAGAUUUUGUUUUUAUAAAAUGCAACUAGAAGGGAGUCUGUAGUAUUUCACUGAACCCUGAAUCCACUAACAGCGGUUGCCCUGACAACCAUGAUCCUUAGUGACUUG